AUGCUCAAUUCAUUAAUUAAUUCAGCACGUAACUCUACUAAAAGCAUACAGCAAUACAAUAGUCAACCAUCAUCACGUGAAAUUAAUAUGUCUAAUCUUUGUCCAGAUGCAUUAGCUGCUUGGGGUGUUCAGCAUCCAGCUGAUUUAAAUUAUCGUGUGGAAUUAGCACGUCGAAUUUCAUUGAUAUUCGAUGAUAGUGAUCAAAUAAUUAUUCUCGAUGAUGUUGCUAUAGUUCUACCAGAAUCUGAACGAACUAGUUUUCAUGGAAUACGUGGUUAUGAUCGAUCACUUUUACCUGCACUUUGGUUAUCAACUGGAUUUCGUUCUGGUGGUCGAAUUAUUGUUUAUUCACCACCAAAUUCAGUUGAAUUAGAAAGUUUUCUAAAAUUAAAACAAUUAAUUCAAGAACGUCUUGAACGUUCAAUUCAAAUUAAAAUUUUCUAUGAAGAUUCAAAUCAUCAAUUACUUGAACUUAUUGAUAUUUUUGAAAAAAACUCAAAACAAUAUAUGAAAAUUUGUGAAACAUUUGCACAACGUUCAUCAAAUGAUUUUUAUCCUGAAUAUUAUAUUGAUAUACUUAAACAACAUAUAGAUAAAAUUACUGAAGGUGUUCAUCGAUCAUUUGUUUUUCCUUAUGAAAUGACUGAAUUUCAUCAACAAGAACUUCAAUCUUAUGGUGAUCGAUUAAAAUUACCUGAUAUACCAACAAAUGAUAAAGCAAAACAUAAUUUUUUUUUACGAUCACAAGCAUUUACUGCUUUACCAAAAUUAUUAGCUGCAUCACCAGAUGGAACAAUAAUUGGUCAUUAUCAACAAUAUAUCAAAACAUUAGAAUAUCUUGAUCCAAUUCAUACAGAAAAUAGAGCAGAAAAUAUUGAAGUUUUUGCUCGAACUAUCAUUGAAGCUAUUGAUCAAUUGUAUCAUAAAUAUAAUUUAUCAGCAUUUGUUAAAUUAGAUGCAAGUGGUGCAGCUGGUUGGUCAUGUAUGGUUCCAAGUGAACAUUCGAUUAUUUAUGAUUGUGAAGAAGAACAAGAAAAACGAAUUAAUUAUUUACGUGAAUAUAUGGAAGAUAAAAUAGUUGGUGAACAAUUACCAAGAUUAGCUGUUAUUGAAGAAUUUAUUGAACCACAAAAACGAUCUGGUGAUAUUUAUGCUGAUUAUACAGUUUGUGGAUUUGUUCUUGAUGGAAAACUUUUUCCAACAUCAAUUAAUCUAUGUGGAACAGAAAAUGGAUGUUAUGUUGAACAAUGGACUUCAUAUUCAUCUACUGAUCUGAAUGAUUCUCCAAUAUAUUGGCAACGUAUGUUUCAAACGUAUUCACUUAUGGUUGCUGUUGAAGCAUCUGAAUUUGGUUAUAAAAAUGGAAUAUAUGCAGGAGAUUUAUUUGUAACAAAAAAUGGUCGUCAUAAACAACGUGAUUGGAAUAUUCGACGUGGUGGAAGAUCAUCACCAGAAUCAUUAAUUAUUUUUGGUAUGCCUAAUUAUGAAACAAAAAUUACAUUAUCAAUGACUAAUUUUGAAUUAAAUGGAAAAAUGAAUAAUAUUGAAUUAUUUUAUUUAUAUACAAAAAUAUGUCAACGUUUAACAAAUGAUUAUGGAAUGUAUAUAAUUUCAAGUGGACUUGGUUAUUGUUGUAAAGAUAAUAAAGAAAAUGAUUAUCUUAAAUUUAAUAUUCUUAUUCAUCCAAAAUGGCUUGUUAAUACUGAUAGUAAUGGACAAAAACAACAGUCACCUAGAAGUGAACAUCGAAAUAAAGUGAUGGAAAUAAUUCGAGAAAUAACAAGUCAAAUUUUACAAAAUAAAAAUUAA